GGCUAAAUCAGUAGUAGGUUGUGUUCCUUUUGGCUUUUUUAUCAUCAUCGCCGCCGGGACACAAAGAGAGAGAAAGGGGUUAGAUUUGUGCUUUUGAUCUCUCUCUUCUCGAUCCACUCUAAAUCGGAGAUUUCUUGUUAGGGUUUUUGGUCGUACGUUGAGAGAUCAAAGAUUUAAUCUUGUGAAAGAAAUCAUUUAGGGAUCGUAAAGAGGACUGAUUUGGCGAUUUAUAAUAGUGAAGUGGGUUGGGGUGAUUUUUUAUUAAUCAGAUGGCAUCAGAGGAUGUGAAGAGGAGUGAAUCAGCAGCUGUUUCAACGAUCGUUAAUCUGGCGGAGGAAGCGAAGUUAGCGAGGGAAGGAGUCAAAGCUCCUAGUUAUGCUGUUCUCAGCAUCUGCAAGUCUCUUUUCGCCGGUGGUGUCGCUGGUGGAGUGUCACGAACUGCAGUUGCACCUCUGGAAAGGAUGAAGAUAUUACUUCAGGUGCAAAAUCCGCAUAAUAUAAAGUAUAGUGGGACAGUCCAAGGGCUGAAGUAUAUUUGGAGAACUGAGGGCAUUCGUGGACUGUUCAAAGGAAAUGGUACCAACUGUGCUCGUAUUGUUCCAAAUUCGGCUGUGAAAUUUUUCAGCUAUGAGCAAGCUUCAAAGGGAAUACUGUACAUGUAUCGUCAGCAGACGGGAAAUGAAAAUGCCCAGCUCACUCCCCUUUUACGGCUUGGAGCUGGUGCAACUGCUGGAAUCAUAGCCAUGUCUGCAACAUACCCAAUGGAUAUGGUUCGUGGGAGGCUAACUGUACAGACGGCAAACUCUCCAUAUCAAUAUAGAGGAAUUGCUCAUGCUUUGUCAACUGUCCUGCGAGAGGAAGGUCCACGGGCCUUGUACCGUGGUUGGCUUCCGUCAGUGAUUGGAGUUGUUCCAUAUGUGGGUUUGAACUUUGCGGUGUAUGAGUCUCUAAAGGACUGGCUAGUUAAAGACAACCCCUUUGGUCUAGUAGAAAACAAUGAGCUGACGAUUGUAACGAGGCUCACUUGUGGUGCAAUAGCUGGAACAGUUGGUCAAACAAUUGCUUAUCCGCUGGACGUGAUUCGUAGGAGAAUGCAAAUGGUCGGGUGGAAAGAUGCUUCCUCUGUUGUUACAGGCGAAGGGAGAAGCAAGGCUUCGCUUGAAUACACUGGUAUGGUUGAUGCAUUUAGGAAAACAGUUCGUCAUGAAGGCUUUGGAGCAUUGUACAAGGGUUUGGUCCCCAACUCAGUGAAGGUUGUACCAUCGAUUGCGAUUGCCUUUGUGACAUAUGAGAUGGUGAAAGAUGUCUUAGGAGUGGAGUUUAGGAUAUCAGACUGAGUCAUCUGAUAUAAUAUGGGUCGACAAGAAAACACACUUCUAUUUUUGUAGCCAGAGGAGACAGAAGAGAAGUUCAAAAAUUUUAGGGGCUUUAUUUAUCUCCUUUUCAACAUCCGGUGGGAAGGAUAAAGGCUAUAGUGGCUUAGCCAAACUCUUUUCUUUCUCUUUUUUUUUUCCUUAUAGAUUGGGUUUAUGCUUUUCAAAUAAGUCAGUGGCCAACUACAUUUGGUACUGCAGUUUGUGCUACUACAUGUUUGGGCUAGUCUUUUUCGCAUUCAAUUAUUGUUACAACUCUUAUUGAUAACUUUGCUAUUUAGUUGAAUAAUUCCGUGAUUAUGUACUUGUUUUUU